AUGGGAGAGGCAUUCGCCCUGCUGAGCCGUAGUCAGGCUGAUGAUGGAAUCUUGCUCAGUGCCAGCAGCCAUGACGUUGCUCCACAAGUGGCGAUGGGAUUCAACGACGAGGAGGCGACCGUGGUAUUGCCGACCGACACCGGCAGGCCACACACGUCUCACCGGUUACGACAUCCUGGCCUGACGGCAUCCCACAAGGAGAUGACGGUGAAGUUGUUAUCCUGUGACCUGUGUUCCUUCUCCUCUAUUUACGCCGACAAGCUGAGGAACCACAUCCGCACUCACAGUGGGACGGAGGGGCUGUUGUGCCUAGUGUGCCAGCAGGCGUUUCCGGAUGCGGACAGCCUGAAAGAACACAGCUCGACGCACAUCGGAGAGAAGAAGAAGUACAAAUGCAACUUGUGUCCAUACAUGGCAGGCUCGCCCAACAGCUUGGCACGUCACGUGCUCACACACACGGGUGAGAGGAAUUUUGCCUGCGGCGUGUGUGCCUACGUGUGCCCCAGGAUGGACACCCUGAAGAGGCACAUAAACAGGGUGCACCUUGAUAAACCCAGAAGGAGAAAGUGA